UUCUGUUGCCAAAAGUGGGUGAAGUGAAGUGCAAAGAGAGAGAGAGAAGAGAGAGAGAAACUUCGAGGAAACAACGUUUCACCGUUCAUCAACAUCAAACAACAUAUCCAUCCAUUGUUAACUUUUAUCAAUCAGCGGCCACUGAUACUGACACACUCACCUUCUUCCUUCCAUUUCCACUGCUUUAAGGAUAAAGAAUCUAUGGGUGGAUCAAGUUCAAAAAGGGUGAAUUCAAGGCAACGUUCCUCUUCAAGGUCCGGUUCAACUCCCUGGUAUCCUCAAUAUCAAUCACCUUACUUGCCACAAAACCAAGAUCAUGGGGCUCCUCAGGGGCAUGAAGGGCAUCAUCAUCCAUCUCAAAGCUAUGGUAGUGCUGGUGGUUAUGCUCCCGAGCAAAGAAAGAGAUCAGACAAGAAGUAUACAAGGAUAGAUGAUAACUAUAAAAGCUUGGACCAGGUAACUGAGGCUCUUGCAAAUGCUGGUUUGGAGUCUUCCAAUCUCAUUGUUGGUAUUGAUUUUACAAAGAGCAAUGAGUGGACAGGUGCAAGGUCAUUUCAAAGAAGAUGCCUACAUCACAUCGGGCAUGAACAGAAUCCAUAUGAACAAGCUAUAUCUAUCAUUGGGAAAACAUUAUCCUCCUUUGAUGAAGAUAACUUAAUUCCCUGUUAUGGAUUUGGAGAUGCAUCAACACAUGACCAGGAAGUUUUUAGUUUCAAUCCCGAUGAGAGAUUUUGUCAAGGAUUUGAAGAAGUGUUGACACGGUACAGGGAAUUGGUUCCACAAUUAAAGCUUGCAGGACCAACAUCAUUUGGUCCAAUCAUCGAGAUGGCAAUCACCAUAGUUGAGCAAAGUGGAGGCCAAUACCAUGUCUUGGUGAUCAUAGCAGAUGGCCAGGUGACAAGAAGUGUUGACACCGAGCGUGGGCAGUUGAGUUCUCAAGAAAAGAAAACUGUAGAAGCUAUUGUGAAAGCUAGUGAAUAUCCCCUGUCAAUCAUAUUAGUUGGAGUUGGGGAUGGGCCAUGGGAUAUGAUGAAAGAAUUUGACGAUAACAUCCCUGCCCGAGCAUUUGAUAAUUUCCAGUUUGUGAAUUUCACAGAAAUAAUGUCAAAGAACAUGGAUCGGUCCAGAAAGGAAACUGAGUUUGCACUUGCUGCAUUGAUGGAAAUACCCUCCCAAUAUAAGGCAACACUAGAACUUAAUAUAUUGGGUGCACGUAGAGGGAAAGCUAUCGACAGGAUUCCUCUACCACCACCUCUAUAUGGUGCCACCGCAUCUUACAACUCCCCAAAAACUUCACGUCAAAGCAGUUUUCGUCCCAGUGCACCAUCUCACAGGCAUGACAUUGGCACGAAUCCUCCUGCAAGUUUUGCAAGUUCUGCUUCUGAUAAUCAGGUUUGUCCCAUUUGCCUCACCGAUCCUAAGAAUAUGGCCUUUGGUUGUGGGCAUCAGACAUGCUGUGAGUGCGGACAAGAUCUUGAGUUAUGCCCCAUUUGCAGGAGUACCAUUGAUACUAGAAUAAAACUUUAUUAGAUGAUAGCUCUGAAAACUUGUCCAUGGCUUUUCAUGUGGAGCUAUGGAACUGAGGUUUCUACAACUUUCUUGGUGAUGGGGGAGGAGCUGGAGGAUGGGUGGAAAGGUUGCUUACUAGUUCCACAUUGUAAAUAUUUCUGGUAUCUAUUAUUUUUUAAGUCCAUGCUUUGAACGCAUUUUAUAUUAGAGUUGGAGAUUCACAUUGUUAAAUUAAUUUUGUGGCAAUUCAUCAAUAUAAUGUUAAUUGUUCUUUCUUCAAAA